AUGAAUAUUUUCUCCAAGCCAGAUCCAAAGGAGCUCGAACGUGCCAACAAGAGAGAACUCCGCAGAACAAACCGUGAUUUGGAAUCAGAUCGUCGUCAAAUGGAUCGACGUGAAAAAGAAUUAGAACAAGAAAUUAAAAAAUUGGCAGCCAAAGGACACAAUGAUGCUGCACGUCAUCUGGCGAAACAACUGGUUCAAUUGAGAAAUCAAAAGACGAAAAGUAUUGGGAUGAGUGCGAGAAUUAGUGGAGUGCAGGCACAGAAUUCUCAUAUGCAAAGUAUGGCAAAGAUGGGAAAUGCGAUGGGAACAACUGUGAAGACAAUGAAGGACAUGAAUAAGCUGAUGCCAUUGGAGAAAGUUGCCGCAAAUAUGAGAGAAUUCCAGAUGGCACAAGAGAGAAUGGGAUUAACGGAAGAGAUGAUGAACGACACACUCGAUUCAAUCCUAGAUGCACCAGGAGAUGCCGAAGAGCAAGAUGCUAUUGUUGCUCAAGUUCUUGAUGAAAUCGGAAUUGAAAUGAAUUCAAAGCUUUCCAACGUACCAUCCAUCCCAUCUCGAGUCGGCGCCAAUACUGCUCCAGCAGAUUUCGAAGAUCUUGAAGCCAAAUUGGCCAAAUUGCGAAGCUAA